UAUCCAGACAUUUGCAAACAGAUAAAGAAAGCUGCAGAAAUGAAACGUAAACAGCUACUGCAAAGAACAAUGGACAUGUCAAAAGUUCAGAAGAAUGUUUCAGCAACUGACCUACUUAUGAAUGACACAGGAUAUAUAAAGCUUUACAAGCACUGCAUGGCAGAAGAGGAAAAGAAAGCCAAGUUUAAAGACUUCCCAUUUCAUGUCCGAAUUAAGACGAGCUUCACUCAAUUCUUGAUCCGUUUUCUGUUGAACGUCAUCAGAAUCCACAACACAACAAUCAAUCCAGAGAGCACAGUACGUGUUGUGUAUCAGUACACAUCUUGCCUUCUGAUCAUCAUUCUGUUUUGGGCGAUAACAUACAUGCCAUCUGUGUUCGAUCUUGACCGAGGCAUCUUUUUGUUCACAAUGAUUAUCGAAUAUAUUCAAAUGAUUGAGAUCAUUUUGAAAUUUCAUAUUUGCUUCUAUGAUGAAGGUGGAUCAUACAUCUCAGACUACAAAUCUGUGUCACUGAGCUAUAUGACGAGGAAAGUGGGAUACAUUUAUGAUGUCAUAUGCUCAUUCCCAUACGCAUUUACAAUUUUGCACCUCAUGAAUCAAGUGUCACCAAUAGCAUUUCUGCCGAUAAUAGUAUAUGUUCGCAGUUUUCAUCUACUCCGGAUUCUGACUGUACUUGUCUUCAUGCACAAGGAGGAGCAAUCCAUCAUUACUAACUUGCUUGCCAUACGAAUCAUCAAGUACUUGGUCCAUGCAGUCCUGUUUGUCCACUGUACCGCAGUUUUAUUUCUUUUAUUUGUUAUACAUGGUGGCUUUAAUUCGUGGGUUGUCAACACAGACGUGUUUUACCUCCCUGAUAUUUACCACUACUCCGUAUAUUGGACUUUAGCAACUUACACAACAACAGGCUAUGGUGAUAUCCGUGCAGUGACAUACGAAGAAAUGUUAUUCUCCAUUUUGAUAAUGAUUCUUUCCAAGAUGCAAGUCAGUUACAAUAUGGGACUUCUCUCAUCCACUCAAACAAACAAGCAAUCACUUCAAGUGGCGUAUGAAGAGAAGUUGCAGGCAGUCCAAAACUACAUGAUGGAUGAAAACAUUCCAUCAGCGCUGCAAAAUCGCGUCAUCCGAUUCUACAAUUACCGAUGGACACGAACCAAAGGGAUAGAUUCUGAAGAAUUGUUCAAAGAUACACCUCAUUGUAUGAAAGUAGAAAUUUUCUCAAGAAUAAGUGUGAAUCUACUGAAGAAAAAUCAGCUCUUCACUCAUCUCUCAGAAACAUUCCUGAGACACUUGGCAACAAAGAUGCUGCUGAAAAGCUACACCUCUGGGGAAUACAUCAAUAGAAGGGGAGACUCUGGCCGUGGCAUGUUGCUGAUCCUGAUUGGUAAGGUGAAACUUUGCUCAUGGAGAACUGGAAAGGAGGUCAUUGAGUAUCUUACAACUGGAGCUGCCUUGGGAGUUGACUUGCUGCUGAAAUCCAAGUUGUGUACAUACACUGCCAUUGCUGAUAACUAUGUGGAUAUAUUUUUCCUGUCAAAAGAGCACUUUGAAGAAGUUGGGUCAUAUUACCCAGAUGUUAUGAAUAAGUUGCUAAAGAGAGCCUCAAACGUUAUCAGCAUGUACUAACUGACUAGGUACCCCCUUUCUCUACUAAUGUUUACAGACUGGUCACAAUAUUGAUCAAUAGUACGAAGCUAAAAUGUGAACUCCUUUGUAGUUCUGUUUACAGUUUUUUUGUGACCAAAGAUGACUUGUUGACUGAAAAAACAUUGUCUCUGUAAUGUACUAUUAUAGAAUAUAUAUUUAUAUCAGUUUAAGUAAAUAAUCUAGAUGUAUAGAAAUAAUUGACCAAAUAAAUGUCCCAACUGUUUUAAAUAUGCAUGAACCCAAGGUGAAUAAAGUGUACUUAUUGUUUAA